UUUUCUCAACUGGCAAGGCUGACACAGCCGAGAACAUGGCAUCAGAAGACAUUUCUAAGCUGGCAGAGUCGCUUGCCAAAACACAGGUGGGCGGAGGACAGCUGAGUUUCAAAGGGAAAAGCCUGAAACUCAAUACAGCAGAAGAUGCUGAAGAAGUGAUUAAGGAAAUUGAGGAGUUUGAUGGCAUGGAAGCACUUCGUCUGGAAGGGAACACUGUAGGUGUGGAGGCAGCAAAGGUCAUAGCCAAGGCUUUGGAGAAGAAACCUGAGCUCAAGAGAUGCCAUUGGAGUGACAUGUUCACUGGAAGGCUAAGAUCUGAGAUUCCUGCUGCUCUGAUCUCUCUUGGGGAGGCCCUUGUUUCUGCAGGCUGCCAGCUUGUAGAGCUGGAUCUGAGUGACAACGCCUUUGGGCCAGAUGGGGUGCGUGGAUUUGAGGCGCUGCUGAAGAGCCCUGCCUGUUUCACCCUGCAGGAACUCAAGCUAAACAACUGUGGCAUGGGCAUUGGCGGUGGCAAGAUCUUGGCACGAGCUCUGCAAGAAUGUCACAGGAAGUCAAGUGCUCAGGGCAAGCCUUUGGCUCUGAAAGUAUUUGUUGCUGGCAGGAACCGCUUGGAAAAUGAUGGUGCGACUGCUAUUGCUGAGGCUUUCCGGAUUAUUGGUACAUUGGAAGAAGUGCACAUGCCGCAAAAUGGAAUCAAUCAUCCGGGAAUUACAGCCUUAGCGCAGGCCUUUGCUCUCAAUCCCUUGCUGAGAGUGAUCAACCUGAAUGACAACACUUUUACAGAAAAGGGGGCUGUGGCCAUGGCAGAGACCCUGAAGAAACUCAGACAAGUGGAAGUGAUCAACUUUGGUGACUGCCUGGUGCGUUCAAAAGGUGCUGUUGCCAUUGCUGAAGCUGUUAAAGAGGGGCUCCAUAAACUGAAGGAGCUCAACUUAUCCUUCUGUGAAAUCAAGCGAGAUGCUGCUCUGGUUAUUGCUGAAGUUACUGAAGAUAGGUCAGAGCUAGAGAAGCUAGAUCUCAAUGGCAAUUGCUUUGGGGAGGAAGGCUGCGAACAGAUUCAGGAGAUUCUUGAAAGCUUCAACAUGGCAGAUGUGCUUGGAUCUCUGAGCGAUGAUGAAGGGGAAGAUGAUGAAGACGAGGAUGAUGAUGAAGAUGACGACGAUGAGGAAGAGGAAGAGGAGGAGGAAGAGGAGGAAGAAGAACCUCCUCAGAUGCAGGAGAGGGGGCAGGGAGAACAAGAACUGCUAACACCUAAAAAAAUUUUAGACACUCAUGAGUCCACUCCAGUGUCUUCCACUCUUCCUCCUGUGGACGUUGGCAUGUUUCUUGCAUUCCCCUCUCCAGAGAAACUAUUACGACUGGGCCCCAAGUGUUCAACCUUGAUAGUUCAGCAGACAGACACGUCUGACAUUGAGAAGGUAGUUACGGUUUUUCUGAAGAUCUCUUCUGUAUUCAAAGAUGAACCAACAGUGAAAACAGCAGUGCACGAAACAACAGAUACGUUGAUGAGGGAAGCCUUUUCUUCAGCUACCUUCAAUUCUGAUGCUUUCAUUACCAGCCUCCUGAUCCAUAUGGGAUUACUCAAGAGUGAAGAGAAGAUCAAGGCUGUUCAAAGCCUUUAUGGCCCUCUGAUGACUGUAAAUCACAUGGUCCAGCAGGAUUAUUUCCCGAAGUCUCUUGUCCCAAUACUCUUGGCCUUCGUCACAAAGCCCAACCGUGCUUUGGAUUCCUGUUCUGUUGCCCGCCACUUACUGUUGCAGACUCUCCAUCAGCUGUAACACAUGAGCAGCUGCACCCAUCUGUGUCAUAGGACUGUCAGCAAAGCAUUCCAAGAUGGAGAGCAGGAAAAGACAAUUAGAACUUAGGGAUGAAACACUUGUCAUGUCCUGUCACCAGGAUGUCUUGCUGCCUUCUGCAAUAACAAACUUUGAGGAACUCUGCACUAUGCUUUUUAUGUUUUUGUGGGUUUUUAUUAUUAUUAUUAUUUUAAACUCCAUGUUUCCAAAGUGAACUCUGCCAUCCCUGUUUU